UUCCCUUCCCAACCAUGCUGUGCCAGUCAUGAGGAGACUUGCAAUCAGUCCCAUGGCUUCUGAUGAAAUAAACCAGGUUUCCUGUGUCUUGUGACAACAAACCGGCUGGUUGAGGUUCAGGAAGCAGGAAUGCAAAAGUUGAUCAGUUCCGUUGACAACCGGGCCAUAGGCGUAGUCAUCAUCAAACAUAUUUUAAUAUUAGUAAAAGACAUCAAAAGUAACCACAAAAUGCAAUUUUUAAAUGGUUUUUGAUUAAGGGAGAAAAAAAAUCCAAACUUACAUGGCCCUGUGUGGAAAAAGUGGUUGCCCUCCAGUUAAAACAUGACUGUGGUUUGUCAUACCGGAGUUCAAUAUCUCUAGCCCCACCAGGCCUGAUACUGCCACACCUCAAUCAAGAAAUCACUUCAAUAGGACCUGCCUGACAAAGUGAAGUAGACCGAAAUAUCCUCAAAAGCUAGACAUCAUGCCGAGGUCUAAAUAAAUUCAGGAACAAAUGAGAGAGAAAGUAAGCUUUGGGACUCCAGCGAACUCCAGUCAUAUCCCUCAAAUGGCGAAAACAUAGAACUAGGGUUAGGAAUCGAGAACCGGAACCGGGACUAACCUUACGGUUCUCCCGCAACCGUCCAAAUUUCCAAAUUUCCCAGUUUCGAUGCUUAGUUCUCCAGCCGCGAAGAAGUAGUGCCGAAAAGCAACAAAGAAGUGGCGUAAACCAACGAAGAAGAACGGGAGUGAACAAAAGUGUGUCUUAACUUUGUUAAAAUGAAUGACCAGUAGCCUCAGUGCAACACUUGUAAUAAGAUUAUAUUAUGUAAAGGAGUUUUUCCCGACGUGUAGCGUCUGACGCGAUCCGAGCCUCAGCCUACACCGCGCGGAGCUUCAAUGAAGUCAACCCUGUCAACUGGGUGAGUGAAAUAAUAAAAUACAUCUAUGCCAUCAUUGAGACAGCUAACACGGUAAACGUGUUUUAGCGUUUAUUUUAGUCUUCAAACCAACGUAAACAGUUAAAAUAGCUAUUUUAACAAUGCUAUAUUUAACUUUUAGCUGAAACAUUAUUUAUUGAAUAUUAAGUCAAUUGGGUUAGUUCCACACACACACUUCCUUUUAGUUCAUAGAUACUGGUUAUAAAGAAACACGAGUCAAAUGUUCAUUUGACUCGUCCAUGCUGCUAAGAAAAUGGAUGUUCAUAAUUUGGACACCCUUUAUUUAAACCAUGCAAACUUUUUUGACCCAGCCCCCUAAAAGAAUCGAAAUUCGAGAAUCGUUUGGAACCGGAAUCGAACUGAGAAACCGGAGUCAGAGUAGACCCUACGUAGAACAGUGAUGAACCUUCCUAGGAGUCGCCAGCCGACCAAAAUUACCCCAAGAAUGUAGCGACGACUUAUCCAAGAGGUCGCAAGAGACUCCACAUCAUCCAAAGAACUGCAGGCCUCACUUGCCUCAGUUAAGGUCAGUGUUCAUGACUCCACCAUAAGAAAGAGACUGGGCAAAAAUGGCCUGCAUGGCAGAGUUCCAAGACGAAAACCACUGCUGAAUAAAAAGAACAUAGAGGCUCGUCUCAAUUUUGCUAGAAGAGACCUUGAUGAUCCCCAAGACUUUUGGGAAAAUACUCUGUGGUCUGACAAGACGAAAGUUGAACUUUUGGAAGGUGUGUGUCCCAUUACAUUUGGCGUAAAAGUAUCACCGCAUUUCAGAAAACAAUAAAAUGUGGUUGUAGUGUGAUGGUCUGGGCCUGUUUUGCUGCUUGAGGACCUGGAAGACUUGCAAUUAGUGGAACCAUGAAUUCUGCUGUCUCCCAAAAAAUCCUGGAGGAGAAUGUCCGGCCAUCUUUUUGUGACCUUAAGCUGUAAUGAAUUUAUGCAGUAGGACAAUGAUCCAAAACACACCAGCAAGUCCACCUCUGAAUGACUGAAUAAAAACAAAAUGAAGACUUUGGCGUGGCCUCGUCAAAGUCCUGACCUGAAUCCUAUUUUGAUGCUGUUGCACGACCUUAGAAAAGCGGUCCAUGCUCAAAAGCCCUCCAAUGUGGCUGAAUUACAACAAUUCUGCAAAGAUGAAUGGGCCAAAAUUCCUCCAGAGCGCUGUAAAAGACUUAUUGCAAUAUAUCACAAACGCUUGAUGGCAGUUGUUGCUGCUCAGUGGUGGCCCAACCAAUUAUUGGGUAUAAGGGGCAAUUACUUUUUCAAUACAGGGCCAUGUAAGUUUGGAUUUUUUGUCUCCCUUAAUAACAACCUUCAUUUCAAAACUGCUUUUUGUGUUUACUUGUGUUGCCUUUGACUAAUAUUUGAAUUUGUCUGAUGAUGGGAAACAUUUAAGUGUGACAAACCUUGAAAAAAGUAAUAAAUCAAAACAGGGCAAACUCUUUUCACACCAGUGUACAUUUUUUCAUGUCAUGUGGCUACUCUUCUCAUAAGUGAAGUGAGCAAACCUGUGGCUUCUGGCUAGGCUAAUAUUGCUAGUUCAACUAUGCGAGGAGAGCGGAAGAGAAAAAGGAACACAUCUAAAGUAAAUGCUGAAAGAGUCGCAAUUAUAGCAAAUGGAUGGAUGUUCCGUGACAAAUAAAGCUACAUGACCGUAACCGCACACCUGAAGCUACUUGCAGCAAGCAUGUGACUCAUAUUAUUCUGUGAGCAUGCUUUAAACUACUAAUGAGACCCCAGUUGUAGUUUAAUGUAAAACCUAGACACACAACAAAAAGAAUUAUGCACAUUAUAUAUUCAUGUACAAUAUUUAUAUUACUAUAUACAAGACACCAGCUAGCUUAAUGCUAGCAGUCAAUGCAAAACCCUAUUGAUGGGCUAGCUGAAGUCAGGAUUAGAUAACUGGAGAGAUUUACCGGCAAAUAACGAAUAUUCACACAAACGCCGUAUUAACGCAUAGGGAGAGUUCAUAUAACAAUACUCACAGGCGCACAGUUAAUUGAAUUUUAACCGUGAUUGAGUUUGGCUGCCACGAGUAAUUGAGCCUGAUCGUCUCAUCGAUUUAUUUAUUCAAAUUUAAAAUGCGGGCACUGCUGCAUAUGGAAAGUGCUUCAUUUGGAGCAGUGCCCGCAGCCCAGCGAACGUAUGGUUAAGGCUUCAUAAAGUAGUGGCUCCGCGCUCUGAGGCUAACAUCAAAAUAAAAGCCUAAAUGGCAUUGAUGUCCAAUGUUGUAAUAUAUGAAGCUUUUAUUUUGACGUUGGCCAUCUCAGCACGUCGGCGGAGAGGCGCCGUGUCACGGUCAGACAUACUGUAGCACUGUAUUAACAAUUGUUGUCGCAGUUGUCUUGACUUAAACUUUUCAGCUGGCCUGAUUGUAAUGAAAAUACUCGGGGGAGUAAAUGGAGAGGUAACUCACAACUGCUGAGUCCUUUGCUGUUUGUGACUGUGCAUGACUUACCAAUGGUCAAGUAGAAUGGAGAAGUACCCCCCCUUGACAAUUCACUAUAGUGACAGGGAUUUUCAAAUAAAAAGUCAGUGCUUACAGCCAAAUGUUAUUGCCUUUUAUGCAUGAUCUGUAUUUGCUUCAUUAAAUUGCAAUUUGUGAUUGCACUUUGUAAGCCAUAUGUAUUCAGUUAACCUCUGGUAAAGCAGAAUCUUUUGAGGUAAUAUUUUUUUCUUCCUAUCAUUUAUUCUUAUUUAGAUUUAUUUUGCACUGAAAACUGUUACAUAUUUUUUGCUGAAAAGUAGUGCUAUAAAAAGAUUUUUCUGUAACGAGGAAUAAUCAAUCCAUCAUCCAUUUUCCAUACCGCUUAUUCUCACGAUGGUAUGCUGGAGCAUAUCCCAGCUGACUCUGGGCGAGAGGCGGGGUACAUCCUGAACUGGUCGCCAGCCUGUCGCUGGGCACAGAAACAAACAACCAUUCGCACUCACAUGCAUACCUACGGGCAAUUUAGAGUCUUCAAUUAACCUACCAUGCAUGUUUUUGGGAUGUGGGAGGAAACCGGAGUCCCAGAAGAAAACGCGCGCAGACACUGGGAAAACAUGCAAACUCCACACAGACGACGUCUGAUUUUAACCUGGGCCCUCAGAACUGUGAGGCAGAUGUGCUAACCAGUUGUCCACCGUUCUGCCAUGAGAAAUAAACGUGAUAGAUGGGUCUGGGUAGCAAUGGGGGUACUUUUGGGACUCAGUCCUAUGGACAGGGUGCUGCAGGGCCCGGGCAGCAGCUCAACCCUCAGCAGCAGCUCCAGAACAAGGCCACCCUCGCCAACAGUCUACCACCUUUUGCGAAUGAACUCAAGGGGACAGCUGUCACCAGUGUCUCAAACAUUCAACAGGCAGCCAUGUUGCCACUGGCCAGCGGUGGAGGUGUGGCAGUGCCUUCAGCAGGCCCGACAGCCGACCCAGAGAAGCGCAAGCUGAUCCAGCAGCAGCUGGUCCUACUGCUGCAUGCGCACAAGUGCCAGCGACGGGAGCAGGCCAAUGGGGAGGUGCGGGCCUGUGCCCUACCUCACUGUCGCACCAUGAAGAACGUCCUCAACCACAUGACACACUGCCAAGCUGGGAAGUCUUGCCAGGUGGCUCAUUGUGCGUCGUCCAGACAGAUCAUCUCCCACUGGAAAAAUUGCACACGGCAUGACUGCCCGGUCUGCCUGCCGCUGAAGAACGCCAGCGACAAGCGCACACAGCAGCCCAUGCUGAGUUCCCCCAAUACCAGUCUGCAGAACCCCAUGUCUACAAUUGGUGUGGGCCAGUCUAGUGCCCCUACCAUCAAUACCUCAACCCCCAUAGACCCCAGCUCCAUGCAGAGAGCAUAUGCAGCACUUGGGCUACCUUAUGGUAGCCAAGCCACUGGGCAGACCCAGUCCCAGCAGGCCUCAGGUCCUGGGCAGCCUACGGGUGCACAGAAUGUUCAGGCCCAGCAACAGCUUCCCCAACAAAUGAGAUCCAUCAAUGCACUUGGUAACCAGAUGGCCCUUACAGGUGCCACAAUGGGUGUGACCACUUCAGAACAAACUGGCCUUCACACAGACUCUCUUCCCAACACACUCAACACUAACAAUCAGCUGUUAACAGAUGGGUCAGCUGUAGGCUCAAUGGGCAAUCUACCCACAGCAGCACCCAUCUCUGCCACAGGCACCAGGAAAGCCUGGCAUGAGCAUGUCACCCAGGACUUGCGCAAUCACCUUGUACACAAACUAGUGCAAGCCAUAUUUCCUACCCCUGACCCAGCAGCAUUGAAGGACAGACGGAUGGAGAACCUGGUUGCUUAUGCCAGAAAGGUGGAGGGGGACAUGUAUGAGUCAGCAAAUAGCCGGGAUGAGUACUAUCACUUCCUUGCGGAAAAAAUCUACAAAAUCCAAAAGGAACUAGAAGAGAAGAGGCGCUCACGGCUACAGAAACAGAUCAUUAAUCAGGCAUCCAUGGGGGCCCAGGGUACCCAGCAACCUGGUCACCCACAGCCCAACCCCUUAGGCCCCAGGCCACAGAAUGGACCUAAUCCUCUGCCCAACAUGCCAAAUCAAAUCAUGAACCGCAUGCAGGUUUCACAAGGAAUCAACCAAUUCAAUCACAUGGCUCUGCCCAACGCUCAGAUUUCGCAGACAACGAUGGGGGCUCGUGCUGCCUCUCCAAUGAACCACCCACAACAAAUGAGCAUGAGCUCUGUCCCAGCGGUGGGAAUGUCACCUUCCCGGAUGCCUCAAGCCCAGGGUAUGAUAGCCAGUCACAACAGUGGCAACAUGGUGGGCCAGACAGCCAGCCAGGGACAGUUUAUGGCUCAGACUCAGUUCCCUCCGGGAUCUACUGCUGUCUCUGCAACAGGGGCAAUGAAUGUCACAUUAGCACCUGGGAUGGGUCAGCCACCAGCACAGGCUGCUGUAACUCAGCAGCAGCAGAAUGCUAACCUCCCCAUGAAUGCACUUGGUCCCUCGCUGGGCCCUCAGCUACCCUCUUCCCAAACCCCUUUGCACUCAACUCCUCCGCCUGCUGCCGCUUCCGUCUCCACGGCUGGGGCGGGCACUAACAUGCCCCUCUCCCAGUCCUCCAGCCGUAGUGCCACUCCCACCCUGUCUGGCCUUGCGUCGGGCCAAGGUGCCACCCCACCCUUCCCUACUCAGCCCCAAAUGCAAGUGGAGAACCCGUCAUCAGCACAGACGCAGCCCCUACCUCAGCCCCUGCCUCAGCCCCCUACCACACCGCUUUCUCAACCAGGGUCCAGUCUGGAUAACCGUGUACCCACGCCGGCCUCAGCUUCCAGUGCUGACCUGCACUCGCAGCAUGUCGCACCCGACUUGCCUGUCAAGGAGGUCAAAACAGAGGCACACCAUGAAAAACAAGAGUUUGAGGCCGCUGGCGGCAAAACUGAACCCAAAAUGGAGACUGAUGACAACUCAAGUUCCUCAUUGAUGAAGAAGGAGGAGCCUGAGGAAAGGCAGGAGCCAAUGGAGGUAGAGGAGAAAAAGCUGGAACUGAAGACGGAUCCCAAAGAAGAGGAAGUGGAAGGAACCAACAGAACAACCUCCUCGUCACCCUCUCGGAAGAAAGUCUUCAAGCCUGAGGAGUUACGCCAGGCUCUGAUGCCAACUUUGGAAUCCCUCUACAGACAAGAUUCAGAGUCGUUGCCCUUCAGACAGCCAGUUGACCCUAUGCUUCUGUGUAUUCCGGACUACUUUGACAUAGUUAAGAACCCAAUAGAUCUGUCCACAAUAAAACGCAAACUGGACACAGGCCAGUACCAGGAUCCCUGGCAAUACGUUGAUGAUGUUUGGCUGAUGUUCAACAACGCGUGGCUGUACAACCGCAAGACAUCCCGUGUGUACAAGUGUUGCUCCAAGCUGGCUGAGGUUUUUGAGGCAGAGAUUGACCCCGUCAUGCAAAGCCUGGGCUACUGCUGUGGGAGGAAGUUUGAGUUUUCCCCCCAAACCCUCUGUUGUUAUGGGAAACAGCUCUGUACCAUCCCAACUGGAGGCACAUACUACAGUUACCAGAACAGGUACCAUUUUUGUGAGAAGUGCUUCAAUGAGAUUCAGGGAGAGAGUGUGACAUUAGGAGAUGAUCCUGCACAGCCACAGACGAUGAUAUCAAAAGACCAGUUUGAAAAAAAGAAGAACGACGUACUGGAACCUGAGCCUUUUGUUGAAUGUAAAGAUUGUGGACGGAAGAUGCACCAGAUAUGUGUCUUACACUAUGAGGUUAUUUGGCCAUCUGGAUUCAUCUGUGACAACUGUUUGAAGAAGAGUGGAAAAACACGGAAGGACAACAAGUUCUCAGCAAAAAGGCUGCAGUCAACACGACUGGGAAUGUAUAUAGAGGAUCGUGUGAAUAAAUUCUUAAAAAGACAGAACCACCCAGAAGCUGGAGAGGUAUUUGUGCGGGUUGUUGCAAGCUCUGACAAAAUGGUGGAGGUUAAACAAGGCAUGAAAGCAAGAUUUGUGGAUACAGGUGAGAUGCCAGAGACCUUUCCCUACAGAACCAAAGCACUUUUCGCCUUUGAAGAGAUUGAUGGCGUCGAUGUGUGCUUCUUUGGCAUGCAUGUACAGGAGUAUGGCUCUGAAUGCCCAUUUCCCAACACUAGACGAGUCUACAUAUCAUACCUUGACAGUAUUCACUUCUUCAAACCUCGAGUUUUAAGAACAGCAGUGUACCAUGAGAUCCUUAUCGGCUAUCUAGAAUAUGCCAAGAAACUUGGCUAUGCUCAAGGCCACAUCUGGGCGUGUCCGCCAAGUGAGGGGGAUGACUACAUCUUCCACUGUCAUCCUCCUGAGCAGAAGAUCCCCAAACCCAAGAGACUUCAGGACUGGUAUCGGAAGAUGCUGGACAAGGCCUUUGGUGAAAGGAUCUUGCACGACUACAAGGAUAUUUUCAAACAGGCAACUGAGGACCGCCUAACCAGCGCCAAUGAGCUGCCCUACUUUGAAGGAGACUUCUGGCCCAAUGUUCUGGAGGAAAGCAUCAAGGAGCUGGAGCAGGAGGAGGAGGAGAGAAAGAAGGAAGAGAACACUGCUGCCUCUGAUACUCCUGAGGGUACCCCAGGUGACAGUAAAAAUGCUAAGAAGAAAAACAACAAGAAGACCAAUAAAAACAAAAGCAGUGUGAGUCGCGCCAACAAGAAGAAGCCUGGAAUGCCAAAUGUAGCAAACGAUUUGUCCCAGAAGCUUUAUGCCACCAUGGAGAAGCACAAAGAGGUGUUCUUUGUAAUCCACCUCCACCCCGGCCCCAUGGUCAACACUUUGCAUCCCAUUAUUGACCCCGACCCCUUGCUCUCCUGUGACCUGAUGGAUGGCCGUGAUGCUUUUUUGACUUUGGCCAGGGACAAACAUUGGGAGUUCAGCUCUCUCAGGAGAUGCAAGUGGAGCACUAUGUGUAUGCUCGUUGAGCUGCACAACCAGGGACAGGACCGCUUUGUGUACACUUGCAAUGAAUGCAAGCACCAUGUUGAGACACGAUGGCACUGCACAGUGUGUGAGGACUUUGACCUUUGUAUUAAUUGUUAUAAUGCAAAGGGCCAUGAGCACCAGAUGGUGAAAUGGGGUCUCGGCCUGGAUGAUGACAACAACAGCCAGAGUGGCGAGGCCUCAAAAAGCCCACAGGAAAGCCGGCGUUUGAGCAUCCAACGCUGCAUCCAGUCUCUUGUCCAUGCUUGUCAGUGCCGCAACGCCAACUGCUCUCUGCCGUCCUGCCAGAAGAUGAAGAGAGUGGUGCAGCACACAAAGUGUUGCAAGCGGAAAACAAACGGUGGAUGUCCUGUGUGCAAGCAGCUUAUUGCUUUAUGCUGUUACCAUGCAAAGAACUGUCAGGAGAAUAAGUGUCCGGUGCCAUUCUGCCUGAAUAUCAAGCACAAGCUUCGCCAGCAGCAGCUGCAGCACAGGCUCCAGCAGGCUCACUUGAUGAGGAGAAGAAUGGCAACCAUGCAAGGCAGAACCAUGCCGCUACCGUCCCCACCGGCAUCAGCUGCUCCAACAACUCCUACUUCCCACACACAGCCCAACACACCCCAGACGCCACAGCCGCCACUGUCCAAUCAGCCUCAGACCCCCAACUCGUCAGGUGUCAUGUCCCCUUCUUUCCCCAGUGCACCGCGCAAUGAACAGCCCCAAGCAGCUGUGCCCCAAGGUAAGCCGGGGCCCCAGGCCUCCCCUCUGCAUCAGCAACCGUCCCCUGUUCCACAGCCACCUCAGCCACAACAAAUACAACAGCAGCCUCCCCUUGCUGCUGUUAAGAUGGCCCGGCACAUUGAAUUGAUGGCACAGGCUCAACAGAACCAGCAGAACUAUCUGGUCAACAUGAACGGCUUGCCCAUGAACCCCCAGCAGCCACAACAGCGUAUGACAGGACCAAUGCAAGCACCCAUGCAGAUGGUACCAGGGCCACGGGGACCACAGGUCAUGCAACCAAACAUGGCCCCCGGUUCAUGGCCUGGACCUGGAGGGCCUAUGCAGGCUGCACAGACUCAACAACCAGGCCUUGUCCCAGGCCAGACCCCCGCGCAGGCCAUGACCAUGCAGCGAGCCAUGAUGCCUCCAGGACAGCAACCUCCGGGGCAAAGGAUGCUCAUUCCACAGCAGCCUGGUGCAAGGCCACAGGCACCACAAAGACCUGGCACUAUACCCCCCAAUGCUCUUCAGGAUCUUCUCCGUACCCUCAAGUCUCCCAGCUCACCUCAGCAACAACAGCAAGUCCUCAACAUCCUCAAAUCAAACCCUCAGCUAAUGGCUGCUUUCAUUAAACAGCGAACCGCCAAGUACCACGCCAACCAACCACAGCAGCAAGCAGGUCAGCAGCCUGGUUUACCCACAAUGCAGACCAUGGGCAUGCCAGGAGUUACCGUGCAAAGACCAGGGAUACCAUCUCAGCAGCCUCAGCAACCUGCUGCUCAGGGUAUGGCAGCGAUGGGAGCGCAAGGGCAGCUGAUGAAUGCAGCACAUAACACCAACCCGCAAAUUCAAGAGCUCUAUCGUCGCCAACUCUUGAGACAACAGCAGCAACAGCAACAACAGGCAGUGAUGCCUCAGGGACACCCCGGCCAGUUCCCUGCCCAGGCCCAGGCUACAGCAGCUACGUACUCCCAACUCCGCAUGCAGCAACAGCAGAUGCAAGCCAUGCAAGCAGGGGCAGGAGCAGCUGGGGCCCCAAUGGGCCAAUUACCACCCAUGGCCCAGCCGGGCAUUGGAAUGGACCCUACUCAGAAAAUACUGCAUCAACGAAUGCUUCAGCAACAACAGCAGCAACAUCUUCCUCAGCAGCAGGCUGUCCUCAAGCAGCAGAUGGCUUCUCCUGUCCAGCCCAGCCCCAUGAGCCCCCAAACCCACCUGCUUGCUGGUCAGCCUCAAGGUGGGCAGCAUCUCCCCAGCCAGCCCACAUUAGCCAACAGUCUAAGCAACCAAGUGCGUUCCCCUGCGCCCGUUCAGUCCCCUUGUCCGACCUCGCAGCCACCACCACAUUCCAGUCCCUCGCCGCAGAUCCAGAACCAGCCCCAGCCCUCACCACAGCACCCACCUCCACCCCACUCCAGUUCCCCCCAUCAUGGACUUGGAGGCCCACUGUCAGGGUCCAUGGAACAGGGACACUUGGGGACAUCAGAACAAAGCGCCAUGCUACCCCAGCUUAACCCUCCCAACAGAGGGGUACUAAAUAGUGACUUGAGCAUGGUGGGAGAUGCGACAGGAGACACUCUAGAGAAGUUUGUGGAGGGAUUGUAGCAUUUCUGCUGGGAAAUGAAGUACCAGGGACCCUUCCUAAAUUCUUCCUAACUUCCCUCAGACUCUUUAUCUUAGAGGGCUUUGUUUGUUCUUUCUACUAUUGAGAGCAUUUUUGUACCUGUAUUAAAAAAAAACUGUUGUAAAAACGAAAAAAAGAGAAUUUGUUAAAUUGGGGGGUUUAAAGUCCAACACCCUGUGGGAAUAAAGUAUUCCUCAAGUUUUUUUUUUUUUUUUUUUUUUUUUUUUUUUGCUUCUUGCAACUGCAACGGGGUUUGCAAUUAGCUUCUUAAAAUGCAAUUUAAGUCACAAAGAAUAUAUUUUUUGGUUGAGACCAAAUGUGUUCAAUACUCAAUUUAUUUUUGGUUGGUUCUUGGUAUGAUUUCAUGCCAUCCUCAUUUAAAAAAAAAAUUUUUUUUUUAAAGAAAAUGUACAAUUGAAUUGUAUUAUUCAUAUCUUUUGUACCAUUAGGGGGAAAAAAGUUUGUCUGGAAGCUGGGCCAGGGUUUUGUUCUAUUGUCAAGCUGUUGUCCCUGGGAUUUGUGGUCAUGCAUUUUAUCAUUCAUCAAUGAUGUGCUGAGGGACUGAGACCUCUUCUCUGUGUGUAUGAAGAGCACUCAGUUGUAUUAAAAUAGGAAAUGGACUGUGGCAGGUUGUUUACACACAUGUAUACAGGUGCACAUGAAGACACCGACGCAAACCUCACGCUCAUUAAAAGAAUCAGACCCUACUGGUACCACAAACCCCCCAAAACUAACAUUUACAGCGCCCAUCUCAGAUGCCUGGAUGUUGGAAAGUCUUGUUUUUGCAGGUGUAGAAAAUUGUUACUUUGACAUUAAAAAAUGAUUUGUCAUGCUUUUUUCAAUCAAAUAUUAUAAAGAGAGUGGGAGAAA